GGGACGACAGGGUCCCUAUGCCCCUGUUUGGGUGCAGAGAGGCCUAUAGUGAGGCUUUUUGCUCAGCUUUCCUGAUGAAGAUGCUUCUCCAAGAUUCCAAUGUGGUGACGGGUGUCAGAGACCUCUCUUACUCCCCGUCUUAGUGUCCACGCUCAUGGGAUCCCAGAGGAGCAUGGAUAAGGCUGAGACCAGUACGACUGGAGGCAUUUCAGGCCACCUUUAGCCUCAGGCCUGCGGUCCUUCUAAGAACAGCAAUAUGGACUCUCACCCAGGGAAGCCUCAGGAGCGUGUUUGCAUCAACUCCCGCUUCACUGCAGCCCUUUCACACAGCCCUUCCGGUUCAGCAAAGCCCCUUAAAAUCCACACACCAUUAAAAGCAGGAGAGUCUUGUCCUUGAGACUCAUCACGUUCUUGUGCAGCCUUGGCAUCUGGUGAGGCACACAGUGCCUUUGGGUACCAAAGCAUUUCUGUAUGGAAGUGGGAGCUCCCAGCAUCCUGAUCCAAAGGUUCUCAUUUGUGUCCAGAAUGUCCUCCCCUAACAGACCAGGCAAAGACCAAGCUCCAUCUAUUCCAGUGGGAAAUGGAGAAGGAUGAAGGCAAAACUUUCUGAGAUAGACAGAAAGGCGGGUUGUCCCCAGAUGUCCAUGUGCCCUUCAUAAGAUGCUGAGAGCUCUGCUAAGGAACUUCAGGGAUACUGAGAGAGUUGUAACAGCGCCCAAGGUGGAGAACAGAUUGGUGAAAGAUGCUGACCAAGGUGGGCCUGAGGCCCCCACCCCUCAAGGGUGCCCAGUAUAGUUCACCCUGAUUCAGUGUAGAUUCCCCCGCCUUUCUAAGCCCCUGUAAAGGAGGCCCUGGGCUUUGAGUUCUCCCAGCCUCCUCUCUCCUGGCUCGCUGCACCACCUCAGCUUCAGUCUUCUUGGAACACCUUGGCUGGUUUUGCUGAGGCUCAGUCACCUGAAGAAGAUGGCCAUCUUGGGAUCAUUCAGUCAUUCAACAAACCCACACCGAGUGCUUCCCUGGGCCAGGCAGUGCAUUAGGUGCCAGGAACAGGAUUGACCCUCACUGGAGGGAGGCCUAGGGAUGGCACAUGAAGGACGCCCACUCACUGCCUCUUUUCCUUCCAGGAAAAGAGGAGACCAGCUACAGGGGGCCAUGGUGUUAGUGUGAUGAAUGUGGGCUCCAAAAGUGAGUCAGACUGCCCUAGAGUCAAAUCCCGGCCCCACCACUUACCGUCUGUGGGAGCUUUAGCAGGUGGCAGUCCCUUCCUGAGUCUCAGUAUCCUCAUCAAAAAAAUAGAGAACGUGACGCUUACUGUGCUAUAAUCCCUAAUGCUUUGCUGAGCACAUGCUGGGCUUGUGAAAGCCGAUCAACAUUGUUGAUUCUGUUCUAGCUGGGUGCCUGGAUCGCUCUGAUAGUGGGCACCCACCUUUUCCUUGUCCGGGGUUUCAUUCAUUUCUGAGGUUCGUUCUGAGCAGCAAUGCCCAGGGUAAAGCAGGCCAGCCAAAGUGGACGUGGAGUUAUAUGACUUGUUGUCCAAUUCUGACUUGGAGCAAAGUCAGUGCCGGAAGCCAUGGCAGCAAGCAGCACACGGAUGCUCUCUUGAGCAUAUGGCUCCAGUGAACUGUUUUACAUAAACCACAUGCUUCCUCUUUAUGGCAUCCUUUGUGGUACAAGCGCCUUCCAAGCUCCUCCUGACUCCCCCCAAGAUAUGCUACCCAGAUCCUGUGUAGCCGUGCCUCUAAUUAUUGUUUACUCCCUUUGCUUGUGCUUUUAAAUUAUGAUGCUCUUUCCAUUCGGCCUGAGGUUCUCAGCCUUGGCUGCACUUUGGAAUGACCUGAAGAACUUUAAAAAAAUAUGGAUUUCUGGUCUCACCCCCAGAAAUCCUGACUUAGUUGGUCUGGAAUGUGGCCUGGCGCUGGAGUUUUUCAAAGCUCUUCAAGGGUUCCCCUGUGCGGCCAGGGCCGAGAGCUCCUGCAUUAGUGGGGGGGCCUCUGGGCAAGGCAGCUGGGGCAACAGGCCUCUCAGUGCAGCUCGGACCCAGACCUUAGUGCCAUCUGAUCCCAGAUUGUACUUGUGACUCUUCCUUAGUUCUGGCUUUUUUCUCUCCUUUAAUUUCAAACAACUGAACCGAAUUUUUAAUUUCAGUUUCUGUACUUUUAAUUCCAAAGAGCUAUUUUUUGUUCUCUGUUCCUCUUUUAUAACAUCCAGCUCUUGUUUCAAGGAUGUAACUGCUAUACUGAUCUCCGAGAUUAUUAAAAAAAUAUAUUUAUCUAUCUUAAUAGAUUGUUGCAGAUUCUGCAUUGUUUUGUUUUCCCCAAUUUCCUCUUUUUCACUGUUUUCUUUGUUUGCUUGUUUUGUUUUGUCUCUGCUUUUCAUGUUGGAAACUUCUCUCAAAUGUCUGGGAUCCUUCUGUUUGUAUGUAAGGACGAGACACUAGAAAGCUGAUGGAGCGUGCUAUGUACACGGGCAGGUUGGCAAAUUGGCUUUUUGGCUGGUAGAACUACCUAAAUUCAGUUUUUGUAAGUCUUUCCUCUGGAGUCAUUUUGUUUUUUCAAAGAGCGGAGGGUAGGAGCUGGUCUUGGGCCUGGACACGCCUCCUGCCUGCCCUUACUUGAGAAGGCCCUUCAUCCUGGACCUAUUUAGCCCAAACUCUCACCAGUAUUCCUUCCUGUUUUCUCCCACUUGCUUGGCUUUUUCUGCAUCACUUUCCCUUCUCUCCCUCUCCUUUUUCUAAUAAAUAUAUUUGCUCAAUAGCUCGCUUUGGCCUCAGAGGGGCUGGGCUCCAGUGAGAGCCUUUGGAUUCAGAUGGAUCUAAUCUGGACCCACUGUGAGCCUGCCCUGGGGCUGCCUUUCCUGGCCCCCACUUCUUCCACGAAAUGUCCCCCAGGUCUGGCACACUGGCCGGACAUCUAGUCUUUGAACACUCUGCUCUCGUUUUUCGCACCACUCUGAUGUGAAACUCAGUCCUUCCUUCACAAUGUAAAAUACUGCUCACGCCAAGCAUCUGAAUUUGGUGGUCUUUGCUGAAGAUCUCUUGGGGACCAUGAGGUGGGACUGUGUCACACAGGUCACAGCCUCUCACCACCUUCCUGGUGCCUCUCUUCCUGGCUCCUGCCUCUCUCUCCUCUCACUCCUUCCUGCCACGAUUGCCCUGGGAGCUUCAAACUCUUCUCCUCUUUCUCCCUCUGAUGUCUUGCUAGCCAGCAUCAAGGCACUUGGGGUCCCGCCUUCUACCCCAACAACUUCUUAAUGCAUUUUUUCAAGUAAAGACAAUUCUUUCUGCAAGAGGAAUUCUGGCGGCAAGCGUUAAGAUACACACACUCCUAUACCUCAGCGGUGCUCCAAAGCGCCUGGAGGACUCGUUAGACACAGAUGGUGGGGCCCUACCCUCAGGGUUUCUGAUUCAGUUGGUCUGGGGUGGACCCAGAAACUGCGUUUCUAACAUGGUCCUGAGUGAUGUUGAUGCUGCGCGUCUGGAGACCACACUUUGAGAACCCCUCCUACACCUGCUUACAGUAAUUAUAUUGUAAUUUAUUUUGGUGAGGAUUAAACGGGCAAAUUAAUGCCAAGCACCCAGCACAGUACCUGGCACUUAUGUAUGUUACAUAAGUACUGGUUAUGAUUUUAAAGAGUGGUCUGAUGAGUCUCAUUCCACGUGGUUGCUGUCACAGCUCCUUCUGUCUAAUGCCACUGUCUUCUCUAAACAGUUAAUCCAGACAAAGGAACUGGAAUUUAUGAUUGUUGCAGGAAAUCAAACUGAGAGAUAAUCUAGUCUAACCCUUUCAAUUUGCAUGAGGAAACAGAGGCCAAGAGAAGUGACUUCCCCAAGAUCACACAGCAAGUUAGAAGGUAGCAUCUCUAUCUUGACUUUUCUUAAGCAACAAAUUUUGGGGACUAUGGCUGGGUGGCAUUUGCCCUUCGCUGCCGCUUCACCAACACUUCUAGAAAUACAUGAAAAAUAAGAAAGUACUUAUACUCCAAUAUUUUACUGAGAAGAUUAAUGAAUAAAAAGUGUCUAUGUAACACACACAUCUUAGACAGGAAGUGUGUGAGCCCACAAGUACUGCAGGCAGGACUGAGGACCCCUGGUCCUGCCCAUUGCUUUCUUAAGGAAUGCCCAAGGCUUCUAUAAUUGGGGACAUGCUUCCAGACUUAGCUCAUCUUGGGGCUGCAUAGUGUGGCUUCUCAAGGGAGCUGGUUCAUGCUGCUUCCGGUCUCCGAGGUCCUGGAGUGAGCCCUCCCUGGCCACCACUGCAGAAAGCAAAAGCAGAGUCUGUUCCAGCCUGUCCAAGCUCAGUCUGUUCAACAAUCAUCGAACUUGUGACAACUCUGCGCGUGGAGCAGCAAGAAAUGGAGGGGAGGAUCCAGAGAUGCUCAAGACGGAGCAUCUGCCUCAGAGAGAUCUUCACGACAUUGAUCUCCUUUCCCAAGAGUAUGGUCCUCCCGUCUCUGUUUCUCAGUCGUGUCCAGUUGGAAGGAUGUCCCUGAUUCUUAGGCUCUCUGUCUGUGUCCUGAGUUUGUUCUCUCCUCCCUGAUUGUAUUUUCUUCCUCUUGGUAGGAAGACAAUGCGUGCUAAGAAGCCUCAGACGUUCUUUCUCCUUUCUCCCUGGAUUUAUACCACUGCCAGUAUGGGUGCAGCUUCUGUCUCCCACACAUUUCCUCUUUAAGGGGCCAGGCCUCUUCUGACAGGGAAUGCUCCCAUUAAAAGGAGCAGCCACUGCCCCACAGAACUGUGGCCUUUCUCAGGGCCGGAGCCGGUGGGGGCGCAGGGGGCAAGGCCACUAGUGGCCCAGGGCCAGGCUGCUGUGGUAUCCUGGCAGCCCUGCCCUGGUAAUGAGGGCCCAGGCGUGGAGGCGAUCCUUUGAAGAUGUGUCCUGCAGCCCUCCCCUGGCGAUCAAUGACAGGAGCCCAGAGUCCUGCUUUAGCCAAAUGACAAGCUUGGCCUCUUUUAUGAGGAAAGAAACUCCUUAUUGGAAACCAAAUUAAAAAUUAAUUAGCAGCUUCUUCUGGGGCUGGGUAUAAACAUCAACAUCCAUGAUGACUUUCUAGCAGGAGCCCCCUCACUCCAAGGGUAUAAAAAGGCCCAAGCAGGAUGCGGUCUUGUAGACACUGGUGAUCCAGGUCACUGCAGCUGAGGAGAAGGGGCCUCCCCAACAUGACAUCCACCUGCUCACCGGCCUCCACCAAGAGCUGCCCCCGGCCCUCCUCUGUGUGCUCCAGCAGCAAGAGCUGCCGGCCUGAGCUGUGCCUGGGUUAUGUCUGCCAGCCCGUGACAUGCGUGCCUUCCGUCUGCAUGCCCACCACCUACCGGCCGGCCAGCUGCCUUUCCAAGACGUACCUCUCCAGCUCCUGCCAGCCCAGCAGCUGCCGGCCAACCAGUGGCAUCUCCAGCUCUCUGGGUACCUGCAGCUGGUACUGUGAAGGGACCUUCAAUGGCAACGAGAAGGAGACCAUGCAGUUCCUGAACGACCGCCUGGCCAACUACCUGGAGAAGGUGCGCCAGCUGGAGCGGGAGAAUGCAGAACUGGAGAGCAAGAUCCAAGAGGCCUGCCAAUCUCAGGUGGUCACCAUGUGUCCUGACUACCAGUCUUACUUCCGGACCAUCGAGGAGCUCCAGCAGAAGGUUCUGUGCACCAAGGCAGAGAAUGCCAGGAUGGUUGUGCACAUUGAUAAUGCCAAGCUGGCUGCUGAUGACUUCAGGACCAAGUACGAGACGGAGCUGACCAUGCGGCAGCUGGUGGAAGCCGACACUAACGGCCUGCGCAGGAUCCUGGAUGAGCUGACCCUGUGCAAAGCUGACCUGGAGAUGCAGGUGGAGUCCCUGAAGGAGGAGCUGCUCUGCCUCAAGAAGAACCACGAGGAGGAAGUCAGCGCCCUUCGAUGCCAGCUUGGGGACCGCCUUAACAUUGAGGUGGAUGCCGCGCCCCCUGUGGACCUGAACAGGAUGCUGGAAGAGAUGCGGUGUCAGUAUGAGACGGUGGUGGAGACCAACCGCAGGGAUGUGGAGGAAUGGUUCAACACGCAGAUGGAGGAGCUUAACCAGCAGGUGGCCACGAGCUCUGAGCAGCUUCAGAGCUACCAGUCGGAUAUCAUUGAUCUGAGACGAACGGUCAACACGUUGGAGAUUGAGCUGCAGGCCCAGCACAGCCUGAGGGACUCUCUGGAAAAUACCCUGGCGGAGACCGAGGCCCGCUAUGGCUCCCAGCUGGCCCAGAUGCAGAGUCUGAUCAGCAACGUGGAGGCCCAGCUGGCCAACAUCCGCUGCGAUCUGGAGCGGCAGAACCAGGAGUAUCAGGUGCUGCUGGACAUCCGGGCCCGGCUGGAGUGCGAGAUCAACACGUACCGGGGCCUGCUGGAGAGCGAGGACUGCAAGUUGCCCUGUAACCCGUGCUCCACGCCGUCCUGUCCCCCUUGUGCGCCCUCCCCCAGUGUGCCCCGCAGCGUGGUGCCAUGCACUGUCGUCGGUGUACCUUGUAUUACCUGCCCUCCCGGCCGCUACUGAAGUUCCUCAGCACCGGUGGAUCCUGGAGGGACCAGAGCUGGGCGGCUGGUGCCUCCUCAGGAUGAGCCUGACCACGGGUGGGUGGCCGCCAAGACAGCAGGGUCCGCCCGGGCCAGCAAGGAACCAGGCACCACGUGCAGCGGUACCAGGAGGAGGGCCGUCCGCAAUGCGCCUGCAUCCUGCAGGGGGCGCCCUAGCCCCCACCGCUUAGCGCCUGCCCGGCUCACUUCCCCGGCAAAUCGCUCUCUUCGCUGAUGCUUCUGGUUGUCUCCGCUGCUUCAGGAGCACGUGUUCCGAGUUACCUGGAAAAUAAAGCCUCAUUUGGUGGUCCUGCA